AUGACCGACAAGUUCCAGGCAAACCUCGAGCGCAUCGUGGCAAAACACGUGGAAAAAUACAAGGCCAAGCAGCGCAAAAGCAACCCCGCUUUUGACGAGUCGGCGUUUGUCUUCGACCCCAACGACCCCGACCAGGUGCCCAAGUACGCCAUCAUUCUCGCGCUCCUUGCCACCUUCCGGUUCCGCUUCUGGUGGUCGGCCAUCUGCAAAAUCAUCUUUGACUGCGCCCAGACCCUCAACCCGCUGGUGUCCCGACAACUCAUCAAGUUUGUGGGCGACAGAUACACCCACGCGCCGCCGAGCAUUGGCAGAGGCGUGGGGCUUGCCAUCGGCGUCACCCUCAUGAUCGCCGUGGCGUCCUACUUCAUGAACAUGAUGCUCUACUACUCGAUGAUGAUGGGCGCCCAGUGCCGAGCAGUGCUGUCCCACUCCAUCUACAAAAAAUCACUCAAUCUCAGCGCAAAGUCGCGACUCAAGUACACUAACGGCCAGAUCACCAACCUGCUGGGCACUGACUGUCACAAGGUGGAUUUCUGCCUCGGCUUCUUCCACUUUUCUUGGACCUUUCCCGUCUCCAUGGCCAUUGCCAUUGUCAUUCUCAUUGUCAAUCUGGGCCCCGCGGCGCUGGUAGGAAUCGCCGUCAUCAUCAUCUGCAUUCUGGCGGUGGCUCGAAUCUCUCGAACAAUAAUGAAACAACGACGAAUCGUCACUGCGCUCACUGACAGACGUAUUUCCAUGAUGAAGGAAAUUCUCCAGAGUAUGCGAGUCAUCAAGUUCUACGCUUGGGAGUUGCCGUACAAGGACCGAGUCAUGGAGAUUCGAAAGGAGGAGCUCAAGGGCGUGAAAAAGCUGCUGGUGAUUCGAAACGCCCUCAACGCUAUUUUCGUCGGUGUCCCCACCAUCGCCUCCAUGCUAUCGUUUGUGGUCAUGUACAAAACGGGUCGGGACCUCGACGCCGCCAAGGUCUUUUCGUCGCUGUCGCUGUUCAACCUGCUGCGAAUGCCACUCAUGCUUCUGCCGCUGUCGACUUCGACGUCGAUUGACGCGUUUGUGGCACUCAAGCGAAUCCAGGGGUUUCUGUUUGCUGGCGAGCAGGUUAAUUACGUUAUCACGGACCCUGAAAUUGGAGAGAAGGGCGAUGCCAUUGUCGUUGAUCAAGCGAGUUUCAUUUGGAAGGAUGAGACCGAGGAAGGGGGCGAGGGCGAGGAGGGUGAGGGAAGCGAGGGCGUCGGCGCCAAGGGGGCCAAGACAACGGUCAUCGACGCCAAGACCGGCGCCAUCGCCAAGGCCGACGCCAAGACCUUGGCGGGCAUUCCAGACGCAAUCUCCCAGGACUCUACCUCCGACGCCGCCUCCGACGCCUCCUCCAGCUCCUCUUCCGUCCCCCAAUUCGUCGGGCUUAACGACAUUUCGCUCACCGUCAAGUCCGGUGAAUUCAUUGUCAUCACCGGCGCCGUAGGCACUGGCAAAUCGUCGCUGCUUUCCGCCAUUGCGGGCCUCAUGGUCAAAACCGCCGGCUCCGUCACCGUUGCCGGAGAAAUGAUCUUUUCGCCUUCGCCUUGGGUCCACAACGCCACCAUUAGAGACAACAUUCUGUUUGGACAGCCGUUCGACCAGGCGCUCUACUCCAAGGUGAUCCACGCGUGUGCUCUGGAACGCGAUUUUGAAAUCCUGCCUGGAGGAGAUGCCACCGAGGUGGGAGAGCGAGGUAUCACGCUUUCCGGCGGCCAAAAGGCACGUAUCUCGCUGGCCACCAUGGCGUACCGAAACCCGUCCAUCAUUCUGCUGGAUGACGUUCUGUCCGCUGUCGACAGUCACGUGGGCAAACACAUCAUGGAAAACUGCAUUCUAGGCCACAUGGGCGGACACACGCGGCUGCUGGCAACUCACCAACUUGGCUUGAUCGACCAGGCGGACCGAAUCAUCUUUCUCGACGGCUCGGGCGCCAUCCGUGUGGGGUCACGUGACGAGCUGAUGCGGAGCGAGCCCGGCUUCGCUCAUCUUAUGGAGUUUGGUUCCAAGCAGGAGGAGGAGGAGGAGGAGCUGGCGCCCUAUGAUAUGGAGGCAGAAGAGGUGGUGGUGGAGGGAGCCACGUUGGACGCUCCACGUGACCUUAAGGUGCUGGAGGAGCAGGCCGAGACCAAGCGACGUCACUCCAUCGACCGGAUCAGUGACUCGUCCGAGUCGGUGCUCGACGAGUUGGUCAGGGCGGCCACCAACACCUCGCUGCAAGAGAAGGACGCUAAAACCACCGUUGCCACUGUGGCGCAAGUGGAUGAGGACAAGGCCAAAGACGGCAAGCUGAUUGCCGCCGAGGGCCGCUCCGUCAAGGCCGUGCCUCUAAAGGUCUACCUUACCUACAUUAAGUAUGGCGGAGGCAUGAUUGGGUAUGCUGUGCUGCCCAUUUUUCUGACGCUGCUGGUUGUCUCGGUCUUCGUCAUGCUCUUCACCAACGUGUGGCUCUCGUACUGGACCGAGGACAAGUGGCCGCAGUAUGGCGACGGGCUGUACAUCGGCAUUUUCGUCAUGUUUGGCUUCCUCACGUGCAUUCUCUUUUUUGCCUGUUUUUACACGCUCACGACCAUCGGCAACAACGCCACCGCAAAAAUGCACAUUGAGGCCGUGGACGGAAUUCUGCACGCUCCCAUGUCCUUUUUUGACACUACUCCCCUGGGUCGAAUCAUGAACCGAUUCAGUAAAGACACCGACACCAUGGACAACGAGAUAAGUGAUCAGACGCGACUGUUUCUGCUGACACUGAGUCAGAUCAUCGGUAUCAUGAUUCUGUGCAUCAUCUACCUGCCGUGGUUCGCUAUCGCCGUGGGGCCCUUGCUGUUCAUCUACCACUGCAUCUCCUCGUACUACAGAAGUACGGCACGAGAGGUGAAACGGCUGGACUCCAUCAACCGAAGUCACGUCUUCUCACACAUGCAGGAGUCGCUCACCGGAGUCUUCAACAUUGCUGCCUACGGCAACAAGACCACGUUUGUCAAGAAGAAUGAGUGGGCCAUCGACAACAUGAACGCGGCGUACUUUCUGACGAUUGCCAACCAGCGCUGGCUGGCCUUCCGCGUCGAUCUAGUUGGCUUCUCGCUCUGUUUUGUCAUUGCCAUGCUCUCUGUCACUGGCCAGUUCAGUAUCAGUCCGUCUGCCGCCGGCCUGGUGCUGUCGUACAUUCUGCAAAUCGUCGGAAUGAUGACGCUGAUGGUCAGAGAGAGCGCACAGGUGGAAAACAACAUGAACACCGUUGAGAGAGUCUUUCAGUACUCCUACGACGUGCCCUCAGAGGCACCAAGCCACAUCCCCGACACGGCGCCGCCUCCCGAGUGGCCCACUGGCGGUGGAAUCGAAUUCCAGGAUGUGAGCAUGUCGUAUCGACCAGGUCUUCCCCUGGUGCUCAAGGACAUUUCCGUCAACGUUCUUCCUGGCGAGCACGUCGGUAUCUGUGGCCGAACUGGAGCGGGCAAGUCGUCCAUCAUGAAUGCCCUGUACCGGCUGUCGGAGCUGUCCCAGGGAACAGUCACCAUUGAUGGCGUUGACAUAUCGACCAUCGGCUUGAACGACCUGCGGUCAAAGCUUUCAAUCAUCCCCCAGGACCCCGUUCUGUUCAACGGAACAAUCCGCUCCAACAUUGACCCGUUCGGCCAGCGAGACGACGCGGCGCUGUGGGACGCUCUGCGACGGUCGUGGCUCGUCGAGGAGGCCGAUCUGGGCAAACUCAAGAGUGGAGCCACAGACUCGAACCACGUCAAGUUCCAUCUGGACACCCAGGUGGACGAGGACGGCUCCAACUUUUCGCUUGGAGAACGGCAAUUGCUGGCGCUGGCUAGAGCUCUAGUUCGCAUGUCUCGAAUCCUUAUUCUCGACGAAGCCACCAGUUCGGUCGAUUAUGAGACAGACUCCAAGAUCCAGUCCACCAUUGUUCAAGAGUUUGCCCAAUGUACGAUUCUGUGCAUUGCUCAUCGGCUGAGAACCAUCCUGAACUAUGACAAGAUCAUGGUUCUUGACGCUGGCAGAAUUGUCGAGUACGACACUCCGUAUCGGCUGUACGUCAAGGAGGGAGGAGUGUUUAGGGGAAUGUGCCUGCAGAGUGGCAUCACUGACGAGGAUUUUCCCGAGGAGAAGAGGGUAGUGUAG